AUGUUUAAAUCCUCCCAACAAAAAGAGGAUUCUUCUUCCUCGACAACGAAACCACCCCUCUCAACCACUGUCACUUCAACUGCAUCAUCAGCUGUCAAAUCGCUCAACAGCAAACUGCCAUUUUUUAAGAAGAAAAUAAAAUCAACUGCAGCAGCUGAUUCAGCUGUUAAUAAUGACCAGGGCACAUCCCUGAACACCACAACACCACAUUCACAACCCCUGCAAACCUCAAUGCAUAUCACUAAAGUUAGUUGUACCAGUACAACUACUUCGACUACUACAUCAAAUACUAUAACAUUUACUACUACUAACACUACUGUUACUAACAUUACAACUUUUACAACAACAACAACAACUGCUGCUACUAAUUCAUUGAGAUCAAACAUCUCUUCAAAGUUCUCAGAUUUCAUGUCUAAUCGACGACUCGGGGAAACAUUUAAAAUUCCCCACCACGGUGAACAAGAUGUGGAAAAAUCAGCAAGGAAGAUUGGGUGUGGUUUGUCAUCCACCUCGAAAGCUGUUGGAGGUGGAGCUAAAGAGUUAGAUGUCAUAUCAAUCAAGCAGAACCAGGACUGUCACUCUCAAGUUCCACACGUGUCGAUAGCUAGUCAACAACUGCAGCAACAUUCUCAACAGAAAUUAAGUCAGUUACAAACUAAUCAAGCUUCUUCUAGUCAGCAAACAUUUAGUCAACUGCAGCAAUCGCAGCAGCUUCCGCAGCCACAACAGCAGCAAUCGCAGCAGCUUCCACAGCCACAACAGCAGAAACAUCAUCACAAUGAAGGGCCCACAAUUAAAUCUGGCAAAAAGUUCAAUCUUGGCCUCACGUUUAGAAGAUCAAAGCUUUCCUCUGACGUGAAGUCAAGCAAGCAACAACAACAACAUCAAAAAAAACAGCUGCAUACUCAAUCGCUGCAGCAGCAGCAGCACUACAACAUCACCACAUCAUCGUCAUCGGGCAAAAAUGCAAGCAUCAAUCAACAACAACAACAAAUUGCAUCUAACAACAACAACAACAACAAUGCGAUUCCAAAACUGCAGAGAAAACGAACUUUUGAGAUGAAAGAUUUUGAGUCGGCUGGACUGCUAAGAAAGAGGAUAAGUUCUUUGAUGGAUUGCUCUUCAUCUCACAGCACUGACCUCAGCGACACGAACGACAACAUUUCCAACGACGCCACCAACAACAACAACAACCUAAAUUUAUACAGGACGUUUUCAGAAGAUUUUUGUGAGAAAUCAUAUUUCACAGAAUUCAAAAACCUCAACGACAACAACAACAGUCACCUGGACAGCAGCAACAACAACAACGACAACAACAACGACACCUACAUCGGGUCGCCGUCGACUUCUAGUAGAACUUCGAGUUUCGGAAUCUUGAACGACAGCUACAUGCUAGAGAACGCCCUACCCUUGGACUGCACGCUCGCUGAUGAUGCCCUGCUGGUCGAUGGAGAGGACGAUGAGCGCCGUGGCGAUGGUGAUAACAUUGAUAAUGUUAUUGAUGAUGAUGACGACCGUAAUAAAGCUGUCGGUGAUGAUGAGGAUUCUGAUGGUGGUGGCCACAACAAAAAAGGUGUCGAUCAUGAUGAUGAUAUUAAUGAUCAUCAUGUUGAUGAUGGUGAUGGUGGUGGCCGCAACAAAGAGGUUGUCAGUCAUGAGGAUGAUGUUAAUGAUCAUCAUGUUGAUGAUGAUGAUGAUGGUGGCCUCAAAAAAGAAGGUGUCGGUCAUGAUGAUGAUGUUAAUGAUCAUCAUGUUGAUGAUGAUGAUGCUGGUAAAAAGAUUUCUCAUAAUGAUGAUGAUGAUGAUGAUUGUAGAGAUAAUCGUUAUAGAAAAGGCCUGAAUGAUGAUGAUGAUGAUGGUGACGGUGUUGAUGAUGAUGACGGUCAAAAUGGUUUAUGUAAUGAUGAUGGUGAUAAUGUGAACUUAAACAUGUGCGGCCAUGGUAAAAAUGGUAAGGAUGAUAAUGAUGAUGAUAAGAAGAAACUUCAUGGUGAUGGUGAUGGGGGUAAGAAGCAACUGCAAGCUGACGACGACGACAGUGGUGUUGGUGGUAGUGGUGGUAGUGGUGGUGGUGGUGGAACAAAAUUUUUUGGUGUCAGUCUAGAUGGUAGUGGUGAUGCAACAGCAACAUACCAGACCCCUAUCAACUAUAUCAGCAUGUAG